AUGUGCAAAUUGUCAUUAGUUUUAAUAUCAGUAUUGAGAUGUGUAUAUUUGUUGAAAAGUAUUGAAAUUGAUGUAAAAUCAUUAAUUGAUAAUGUUAUACCACUUUUUUUAUAUUUGAAUUUUAGUAUAAAUAUAUUCCAGAUUAGAAAUUUGAAUGGAUUUUCUGAUAAAAUUGAUAUGAUUAUGACUUUUUUCCUUGAUUUUUUGUAUAUCAUUGUUCCAUUGUUUAGAAUUAAAAGAACUGUUUUUAUAUAA